AUGUCUUCAAAAUUUUUUGCAGAAUUAUCCAGCGAUUAUGAAAAACUUUUCGAAACAGAAAUAGGAUAUGAUGUUAUUAUAUAUGCCGGAGAAGGACAAAAUGUUAAAGAAAUUCAUGCUCAUUCAAGUAUAUUGUGUAUUAGAUCUCAAUAUUUUCGUUCUGCGUUUACUAACGAAUGGGCUCAGAAAAGGAAUGGAAAAUUUAUUUUCAAAAAACCGAAUAUUUCACCACAAUUAUUUGAUAUCAUUCUUAGGUUUAUUUAUUGUGGAAAUAUUGAAUUAAAGAAUUUACAAGGCCCUGAUGUAUUAAAAUUAUUAAUAGCAGUUGAUGAACUUAAUAUUCAUCCAUUAAUUUCUCAUAUUCAAGAAUUUUUGAUUGAACAUCAAACUGAAUUUUUACAUCAAAAUCCAACUGGUAUUCUUGAGAUUGUAUAUCAACAUGAAGCAUUUACAGGUUUAUGGAAUUUUUAUCUUGAAAAAAUUUGUGAAGAACCUAAUAUUUUAUUUAAUUCUGAUAAAUUUAUUAAUUUAAAAGCUUCUUUAUUGGAAUUAUUAUUAAAAAGGGAUGAUUUAAAUGCUGAUGAAAUUGAAAUAUGGGAGAAUUUAUUAAAAUGGAGUAUUAGUAGGAAAAAUAUUAAUUAUGAUCCAACAAAAUGGAGUAAAGAUGAUAUUAUCAAGAUUAAAAAGGAAUUACAUAAAUUUGUUCCUUUAAUUCAUUUUUAUGAUAUCGAACCAACAGACUUCUUUUACAAGGUUUAUCGUUAUAAAGAAAUCUUACCACAAGAUUUAAUUCAUGAUCUUUUAGAAUUUUAUAUAGUUCCUGAUAUGAAACCUAAAAUUAAUUUAAAACGUUCAAGAAAACAAAAUUUCAUAGAUUCAACCCUGAUUAAAUCAAGUCAUAUUCCUCUUUUUGCUUCAUGGAUUGAUAAAAAAGCUACAGGUUAUAACAAGAAUAGAAUUCCUUAUGAUUUUAAUUUAUUAUAUCGAUCAAAUCGGGAUGGAGCUGGAACUGAUUCUUUUCAUAGACAUUGUGAUAAUAAAGGAGCUACUAUUUGGGUAGCAAAAAUUAAGAAUUCAACACAAUUAAUUGGAGGGUAUAAUCCCCUUGAUUGGAGUGGAAAUUCAUGGAAAGCUACGACAAAUAGCUUUAUAUUUAACUUUUCGGAUGGAAAAAAUAUUUCUACCGCAGAAAUAGGGUAUGUUACUAGUACAACAUGUGCUGUUUUCUGUCAUAAUACUUAUGGUCCAACUAUGGGUAAUUUACAUUGUGAUAAUAAUUAUUGGUCUUAUAAUGGUGGUUAUUAUUAUCCUAAAUUAACAAUUCCAAAAAGUUUUGUAAUAGAAAGUUACGAAGUUUUUCAAAUAAUUGAAAGAAAGCCUGUUCAUCUUUUACCAUCUCUAAAACCACGUUCAGUUAUAUAUUUAAUUUAG